UUUCCAUCCAUUUUUGGUAGGUUUCGGGAGGAAUAUUUUGAAUUUCUUCCAUAAUACUUAUUGUUCUUCAGCUGCUUGUCCAGUACAGUAUUUGGUCUGUUAAUAUAAACCUUAUAUCUUUCAGAAAUCUUUUUCAGGGUUUCCCAGAUACACACCUGUUUAUUAACAAUUCCCGAAACCUACCAAAAAGUGAUGGAAAAUGUAUUCAAGAGGGUAUUCAGUCAGGUUUAUAUUACUGGCUAUUGGCUACCCUGUAUAUAGCAAAUAUUUUUGUUUUUUUUCUAUCGUUUCUGAAACUUUAGUUUACAAAGAGUAGAGUGGCCGUUCGUCCAGCACGUGUGUUUGUUUUGAUCGCGAUCGCGACUCACCUCUCAAUAAAUAAAGAUCAAUAAAACUCGCGGAUACAUCCAAUAACCUCAGCGCCGUAUUUAUAGAAGUCCCGAGAAAGACUAUUCGGGUGCAUGUGGGAGAGAGGCCGCUCGCCUUUAUAUCUAUCGAAGCUCGGGCGAAAUAGCGCGUUAUAGAAAUCGAUAGAAUAGCGCCGUCUGUGGUGUCGCGAACUCCGACGUCCUCGACACAACGAAAACACGCACGUCGAAAAAUCAAUUAGCAUUCGCAAUAACCGCGCUGAUAACGAAUUAAUUGGUCGAAUUAAAAGCGACCGGCUCUCGAGUGCUGCUCUCACGACUUUUCCCAUGCGGUCUUACCCACUUCAACUUCAACAAUCGUUCGUUUAGCGUGUGUGUAACAUCAAUUACCUACCACAAAACUAUAGGAAAAAGGUGUUCCUCGAUUCGGUUCAGUAUUCAGUAGUGUACAGAUUACUGGAGUGACUAGAAGCAGUUAAAGUUGUUCGUAAAUAAAUGCGUUGAAAGAGACGAUGGCCGACGUUUAUUUGAACGGUUUGAAGAAAACCAAUUCCAUUAUCGAGUUCUAUAAAGACGGCGAGGGCGAUGGGGAUUUGGACGUGGAAGAGAACAUGCUAUCGCAAAGGGACGGAAAUGAAAGUCCAACAUUCCAGGGUAAUUCGAACUACCAAGGGGGACAGUCCGAGCUGCCCAACGAGAUAUCGGCUCCAUACGAAGUUCCACAGUUCCCCAUCGAGCAAAUAGAGAAGAAAUUAUUUAUACAGCGCCAGCUUAAUUUCAAACAAUUCGAAGACAAAAGAAGCCAUUAUGAACCAUCUAUUAAAGGAGCAGAGGAAGUCGACGAAUUCGACGAACACGAUUUGUAUGUGCCCCAUUUCCAGAGAGUAUCGAUAUCCGGGGAAGACACCAGCGGGGUGCCUCUGGAAGAUCUGGAAAGAGCGGCGAAGCUCAUCAUCCAAGCGCUGGAGCUGAGGAAGCAGUACAUGGAAAUGUCCAAUCAGAAUUUCUCCACCACCGUCACCACGUUCUUGGAUCCGAAGAAAAUGCAACAACACCACGAUGAGAAACAGUCUAUAGAAGAUCGAGAAUACGCAGAGUUGCUGCUAAGAACCGCAAGGACCUCGUUCGACGAUUCUCUUUUGAAGAUUUUGACUAAAGAAAAUGUCGAGCGGCUAUUGAAAGGUGGUCCAGAUCACGGAAUCCACCCACCCUUUCACACGGCUUGGAAAGCGCCCGACGUGCCCGACACGUCCCACGUGUUCAAAAUCCAAAACGGCGUCUACCAAGUCUACAAAACCGAAACCGAUCUACAAAACGAAACUCCCUGCGACUACAAGUACCCGGACGUCAUCAAAUUCACCGACGAUUUCUACACCAUGUGCAACAUGAUCGCGGACGGACCCCUGAAAUCCUUCUGCUACCGUCGCCUGAGCUACUUAUCCUCGAAAUUCCAAUUGCACGUGCUGCUCAACGAGCUGCGCGAGCUGGCCUCGCAGAAGGCCGUGCCGCACAGGGACUUCUACAACAUAAGGAAAGUGGACACUCACAUCCACGCGGCCUCCUGCAUGAACCAGAAACACCUGCUCAGGUUCAUCAAGAAGACGUUGAAGAACAACGCCGAUGAAGUGGUUUCCGUCACCAAAGGCGAACCGAUGACUCUACGUCAAGUGUUCGAGUCGAUGAACCUCACCACGUACGAUCUGACUGUCGACAUGCUGGACGUGCACGCCGACCGCAACACCUUCCACCGCUUCGACAAGUUCAACGCCAAGUACAAUCCGAUCGGCGAGAGCAGGCUGCGCGAGGUGUUCCUCAAGACCGACAACUACCUCAACGGCAAGUACUUCGCCAACAUCAUCAAAGAGGUGGCCAGCGAUCUGGAGGAGUCCAAGUACCAGAACGCCGAGCUGCGUUUGAGCAUCUACGGCAAAAGCCGCGACGAAUGGGACAAGCUGGCCAAAUGGGCCAUCAACGGGAACGUCUACUCCGACAACGUGCGCUGGUUGAUCCAAGUACCGCGACUCUUUGAUAUCUUCAAAUUGAACAAAGUCCUGGAUUGCUUCCAAGAGGUCAUCGACAACAUUUUCCUGCCGCUGUUCGAGGUGACGGCCAGGCCGAGCUCGCAUCCGGAGCUCCACAAUUUCCUGCAGUACGUCAUCGGCUUCGAUUCGGUGGACGACGAGAGCAAGCCGGAGAGGAACCCGCUCUUCGACAAAGACACCCCGACGCCGGAUAAAUGGAACGACGAGGAGAACCCGAACUACGCCUACUACUUGUACUUCAUGUACGCCAAUCUGACGGUGCUGAAUCGCUUCAGGGGCGACAAGGGGCUGCAUCCGUUCGUGAUGCGGCCGCAUUGCGGCGAAGCCGGCCCCGUACAGCACUUGGUGUGCGGCUACAUGCUGUGCGAGAACAUCUCGCACGGGCUGCUCCUGCGCAAGGUGCCGGUGUUGCAGUACCUCUACUAUCUGGCCCAGAUCGGCAUAGCGAUGAGCCCGUUGUCGAACAACAGCUUGUUCUUGAACUACCAUCGCAAUCCAUUGCCCGAGUACCUGGCGAGGGGUUUGAUGAUUUCGCUGUCCACCGACGAUCCGUUGCAGUUCCACUUCACCAAGGAGCCGCUGAUGGAGGAGUACAGCAUCGCGGCGCAGGUGUGGAAGUUGUCCAGCUGCGACAUGUGCGAAUUGGCCAGGAACAGCGUCCUGAUGUCGGGAUUCUCGCACAAGACCAAGCAGUACUGGUUGGGGCCGAAUUAUACUAAAGAGGGCGUCGCUGGCAACGACAUAGCCAGGACGAACGUGCCCGAUAUUAGGGUGGCUUUUCGUUACGAAACUUUGAUCGAUGAGCUGUCGAAUAUAUUCAAACCGCAUCAGCAGAACAAACCCAUUAAUUAGACCAAAAAGGUUCGUGAUUGUAAGAUUUUUGUUAUACAGGGUUUUCCGUUGAAAAGUAGCCCAUUUAAUCGGCUUAUAACUUUUGAACGACUAAUCAUAAUAACGUGCGGUUUUCGCAGAUAUGUUUUAUUUUGCUCUAAGUUUUGUUACAGUAACACAGACAUUACUUAUUACCAGUAGAGGGUAUUUCAUAAAAAUCCCCUAUUUCAAAUUAACAUUAAGCGAAUUUUAUGAAAUAGGGCAUCUUCUUUGUAGAAUAACAUGUACAAAUAAUACAUUUUUAAAUAGUAGAAGAGAUCUUUCCGAAUAUCUCUACAUAUACGGGAUGUUUCAUUUAAAAUAAUUUGGUUAAUGUGAAUUUAAAAGAGGUGAUUUUUAUUUUACACCUUUUAUUUGUAAUAAAUAAUUUCUGUUUUACUGUAACAAAAGUUAUAACAAAAGGAAACAUAUCUGCGGAAACCGCAUGUUUUUUUGAAUAGGCGUUUAAAAAUUAUAAACUAUUUAAAUGGGCUACUUUUCAUUGGGACACGAUGUAUUAAGUAUUUUUUUGUUUAAUUUUUAUUUCGUUCAUUAUCAUCGAGUUUUGUCUUGUGUUAUCGAUUCGUUUACGUACAGAUUUUGGUUUCGUUUGGUGAAAAUAUAUUUUUUUUCGAAUAAUUUUACAAUUAAAUCCAACGAAUGUUGAUAUUGCCCUACGAGAAGAAGCCUUAAUUGUAGUGAUCAUUCUCUAAUUAAAUCGUUAAUGUUUUUAAUGUUGUUAAAUAUUUUUGUAGAAUUUUUAUAUCUUCAUUUUUAUUUAGCGGAAAACUAAAAUGUAUUUAUUAGGAUAGCGAAAUGCAAUGUUGAAUAUUAAUUUACAGAAAAUAACAUUGUGUAAUUUUAUUAGGUAAUUUAAGAAAUGACGAAUUUAUAUAAAUCAGAUUUUAUUUAUAUAAACACUGUGACUAUUAAUAAACC